UCAAAAAUCUAUCGAAAUAACAUUUUUUUACAAACUUUUUUUAAAUUGUACUGUUGAGCUACUAAAAAUGAAAUUUGCUCCGCAAAUAUGGCACAGAAUGUGGCAUCAUCAGCUCAAACAUCGUGGCUUACAUGUUCCACCUGUUGAAAAAAGCAGAUUGAAUGACCGGUUGAGAGAUAAACUUGAUCAUUCCGCAGAAUUAAUAAAACGGGCCAUGACCCUUUAUAAGCCCAAUGAGUUGAUGCUGUGCUUCAAUGGUGGCAAGGAUUGCACUGUGUUAUUGGAUAUUUUGGCCAAAAUAAAACCACCAUCGAUGCCAUUGCGAGCAGUUUAUAUAAAGUCCGCGGAUCCCUUCGAAGAGCUGGAUAAAUUUGUUGAUGAGUGUGCUCAGCGUUAUGAACUGCAGUUGCGACGCUACGAGGGAGUACUUAAACUGGCCUUCGAGCAGUUGCUGGCCGAGGAUCCGCAGGUGAAGGCCAUGUUCCUCGGCUGCCGGCGCAGCGAUCCCGGUGGCCCUAGUCUAACCGAGAUGAUGCCCUGCGAUAACGGCUGGCCAGCGAUGAUGAGGAUCUUCCCGCUGCUCGAGUGGAGCUACCACGACAUUUGGAGCUAUAUGAGGGCCAAUGAUCUCCCCUACUGUUGCCUCUACGAUCAGGGCUACACAUCUCUGGGGGAUCGCAGUUCAACACGCCUGAAUCCCAGUCUGUUAGUCUACGACGAGAAGCUGGGCAAAAUGACCUACCGGGCGGCCUACGAGUUGGAGGACAUCCGCUUGGAGCGGGCCAAUAGGGAUGAACAUGGCCAGGUGACCCUGAGCGACUCCAAACAGUAAUUAUCCGUCGCAGUUUGGGUCAAGCUCAGAGUUUUUCAUGCUCUGCUCUUGACUUGUUCGUUUCUUUUUUCUUGUUCAACCCAAUGUGAGCCAAAGUGGAGCGGCAAGUGUCAGCUAACUGGGCCGACAAUUCUGUUCAAGACCCCAUUUUAGUUGCCCACGUUUCGCUUAUCAGGCAAUUUCAAACUUCAACCACCCGGCCUAGCCCCUUAUAAAAGUUAAACUUGUGUAUAAGAGAAAAAAUGGUGAAAGUUGCAGAAAUGAGGUGAAAGCUAUUAUCACACAAAGCUCAGGAACUAUGUUACUUUAAAUGCUGUGGUGAAGAAAAGA